AAUACAUUUGAUUUAAAAAUUAAGCUUUAAGAAGUACUUUUGCAGUGGUUUCGUGUAUUUUAAGAUAAAUACAAAUUUUAAAGCAGAAUCCAUUGCGAAAGUUGCUUCGGGCAAAUUUUAUCACAACGUUGGAAUUAAGAUACUUUAAAAGCCAGGUGUAUUAAUUGAGGCUAGUUCUGAAAUAACCAAUGUGACCAAUCCAAUUUCUAAAAACAAAAUAUUUGCAAAAGUUGGAUUCCAUCAGGUUGGAUGUUUUAAAGAGCAGCCUUUAGUCGACAUUUGCUAAGUAAAGAAAGCCACAAAGAAAAAGAAAAACAGUAUAUAGAUUAUACUUUUCCAAAAAAUAAUAAACAAUGUCUAGCGAAAGUGAUUUCAUUCAGCGUUCCUUGCCAUCGCCUUCAACGUCGCCACAACUUGUCAAAAAAAUACGGCUCGAUGAACAGGCUCUCCACGAGCAGGCAACUGCUAUGAAAGAGAAAGGCUUCUCCCUAAGCGCUAUAGAAGAAAUGAAAACUCGUGUUGAGGAGAACAACCAAAGCGGAACACUGGAUCAGCAAUUGCGUCAGUUCCAAGUAUUGGACGAAGUACAGGGAUCUGGAUCUGAAGAUUCUGAAAUUGCAAGUGAAAAUGGCGAUACAAAUUUUGAUAAUGGCGACGGAUAUGAAUCCUCUGAUUUGGAUAUAGAUGACAAUGAAAUUGAAAAUUUGCUUAACGAAAAUUUACCUGAUGAUUUGAAAGAGCCGAAAAAACCCAAAUAUGAAGAGCGAUUUAAAACAGUAUUAGAAGAGAAAGGCCACAACCAUUUUGAAGUGUUGCCGGAAGGUUGGGUGCAAGUAACACAUAACAGCGGUAUGCCUCUCUUUUUACAUAAACAAUCUCGUGUCGUGUCGGCGUCAAGACCAUACUUUCUUGGACACGGUAGCGUAAGGAAACAUGCCAUUCCAUUGGGCGCAAUUCCUUGCCUAAAUUAUAGACGAGCCGUUGACGAAGAGGAGACGGAGCGUUUGAAACAAAAAACCGCAGAGAAAAAUUCAGGGAUGCAAGCAGAAGAGGUCGUCGAAACCAACUCUGGUAAAGUUCCUAAAUGUCCGUUUGCUGGUGCCAACGUUAGCGCAGUUGUUUCUACAGACUCCAGUCAGUUCGCGCAGGUUUCAUCCUCUACGAAUGGAAAAGAGAUGGACAUAAGCGAACCUUCUGCAACAGCAAUAUCUGACACACCUACAGCCAUCGCACCAACAUCAGCGAACACAGCGGAUCUGGCGGCUAAUGUAGCAACAUUAAAGAGUCUAGUGCCGCCUGCGAAAAUUGUCACCGUCACUGAGAAUACACAAAAGGAGUCACUGACUCCCGAACAAUUGAACCAAUACUGUGCGAAACUAUUCAAAUUCAAAGUGAUACGUGUUUUACGUUUUCGUUCCUGGAAUGCGCGACGUAAAUUUACAAAAAAUCGGAAACAUAUUAAAAAUUUGCAACGACCGACUCUGCCGGAUGGUACGAAACUAAUUAAAUUUCCAAUAUUGGCGCCAACUGGCGAUACAAAUGCGAAUACUCGUGGUCGAAAAGAAUGGAUUAUGAAUCCAAAUGGAAAAAGUUAUGUCUGUAUAUUGCAUGAGUAUGUGCAGCAUGCUUUGAAAAAGCAGCCAACAUAUGAAUUCAAAGAAUUGGAAAAUGCAGCAACGCCCUACUCUGCAACGGUAUCAAUCAACGAUUUGAAAUAUGGCACUGGCUAUGGUACCAGCAAAAAACAGGCCAAAUCAGAUGCUGCGCGUGAAACAUUGGAGAUACUUAUACCAGAAAUGAAGGACAAAAUUACGGGUAUUAAGCAAGAUAAGAAUGCACCGAAAAAUAAUCACAAAGAUUUAUCAGUUUUUGACGAUAUUAAAAUACAAGAUCCACGUGUAGCAGAAUUUUGUAAUAAGACAACAGAGCCCUCGCCUCAUGCUAUAUUGCUGACUUGUCUCCAGCGGAAUUUUGGUCUUGGCGAUGUGCAGAUAAAUUACGAAAUUAACCGUACGAAAAAUAAGAAAAAUGAAUUUACCAUGACUGUGGGCAAACACACGGCCAAAGUGUUAUGCAAAAAUAAGCGUGAGGGCAAACAGCUGGCUUCACAGGCGAUUUUACAGAUUUUACAUCCGCAUAUUAAGACAUGGGGCUCCCUAUUGCGUCUGUACGGCAACAAUUCAAUAAAGACGUUCAAAGAAAAAAAGCUGGAGGAGCAGGAGAUCACGGUACUGCAAAGCAAAGCUGCGAUAAAUCAGCCAAAUUACGCUAUUCUUGACAAACUAAAAGCAGAAAUGUUAAAAUUAGCGGAAAAGAAUAAAUCGGUUGUAUCAAUGGGCACCUUUGUGCCACCCUGUGAUGUUGACCUACCAUCAUCCUCUGGUUCUAAUCUCAAUAAUGUAGAACUAUAAUCUUCAAACUGAAAUUUUGUGUGGGGUUUUUUAUGACUGAUAUCAAAUGUGACUGAAGAAAUGAACAAAUUAAUAUUAAUCAAAUUAAGUGAUUUAUUGUAAUAGAAUCGCCGUAAAAGUAAACUAAGGUCGUUUAUGUGCGUGUUGAGGCCUAAAAAUUCGAUGUUACUUUUAGCACUUUGAAAGUUUUAAUAUUCUGGCAUACAGUUAUAAAAAUCUGGAAAUGAGACGCUUUCUGAGUUGUACUAAAAUUUUUCGAUAUAAGGAAUCGUGAUUUGAGUAUAUAUAAAUUGCUAUCUAUUGAUAAUAAUACCAACUUGAGCUUCAAUCUUAGUUAAAAA